AUGCUGGGCCGUCUACUCCUCACCGUCGACGCCCUCGGCAUGUGUUUCGGGACCAUUAUGGCCGACUGCCUCAACGAGACGCACAUGUUCAAUCCGCGAUGGCGACCGCAUGCUAAAUUCCACAACGCCCAAACCGUCUUCCUCGCCAUCAUCCUCUCCCUCAUAACCCUCUACUACACCUGGCGCCCCACCACCACCACCACCACCACCACCAAGCCCCAAACCCUACAAGCAGAGCUCCGUCUCCGCCGCGAAUUCCUCUUCGUCGCCGCCCUCUCCGGCUCCAUCUACUGGAUCGCGGGGCUGCUAAGCAUCCUGCCCCCCGGAACAAUGGGCCUGGACCCGGAGUUUGGCGGGCCCGGGUUCCCGCAGGCGAAGAUCUUUGUUGGGUUCAUGGCGGCGGGGUUGGCGGGGGCUUGGUUGGAGUAUCCGUGA